CAAAUAAGGACUGUGAAAUCUGAAAUAGUGAGGGUUUAUCACCACUUCAUUAUAUAAAGAUUACAAGCAGUAUAUGAACGUGGUUGCAGAAUCCCUUACGAUUCGGCACAAAAAUCUGCGUCUAGAGUUCUUUCAUUGUCAUCUCCUUUGUUACCAGCUCUAUCUAUCGAUAACACGAACAAUAAAGGGAGCAGUAGACAGGAAAAAUAUUCCUCCUUGGACGUCAUGGGUGAAGCUGGAGGAAUUGAGCAGCAGCAGAAAUCGAGUGAUAAAACUAUGUCUACUGACCCCAAUGAUUACACCAUCAUCAAAGAAGGAGAGGCUGAGAUACUCAUGCAUGCCAAGAAUGAAGUCUUCUAUAAUAAAACCCAGGUUAAUAACAGAGAUUUAUCAAUUGCCGUCCUAAGGACUUUCAUAUCUAAACUUAAAGAGGAACAUGAAGCAAGGAACAAUAAAAGGAUGAAGACACCACAGAAGGUAUCAGAGGAGGCUUAUUCUGGGAAUGUAGAGGAAGCAGCAACUGAUAUACCUGUCUCCCGUAGUCCGAAGUCAAAUGGAGAAUGUGAUGCUAAGGCUGAGCCAUCUGAAGAUGAUCCACAAGAAACUGUUGACCUUACUGAGGGAAAAGGGCAGAGGCAAGUGAAGCCACCCAUAGUUCUUGAGGCUUUGGCUGCUUCAGGGUUAAGAGCCAUUCGAUAUGCACGUGAAGUAGAGGGUAUUGGUCAAGUUGUAGCUCUAGAUAAUGAUAAAGCAUCUGUUGAAGCUUGCAAGAGAAACAUAAAAUUCAAUGGUUCAGUAGCUUGUUCAAAGGUUGAAUCUCAUCUAGCUGAUGCUCGUAUUUUCAUGCUCACCCACCAGAAAGAAUUUGAUGUGGUUGAUCUUGAUCCAUAUGGAUCGCCUUCUGUAUUUCUGGACUCUGCAGUUCAAUGUGUUGCAGAUGGAGGCAUGUUGAUGUGCACUGCCACUGAUAUGGCAGUGCUUUGUGGGGGCAAUGGGGAGGUCUGCUAUUCCAAGUAUGGUUCAUAUCCACUGAGAGGAAAAUAUUGCCAUGAAAUGGCUCUGAGGAUUCUACUUGCCUGCAUUGAGAGCCAUGCAAAUCGCUACAAGAGAUAUAUUGUACCUGUCCUCUCUGUACAAAUAGAUUUUUAUGUUCGUGUCUUCGUGCGCAUAUUUACAUCUGCUAGUGCAAUGAAGAACACACCUCUUAAGCUUUCAUAUGUUUAUCAGUGUAUUGGGUGUGACUCUUUUCAUCUGCAAUGUCUUGGGAGGUCUGUCACAAAGAAUAACAGCGUUAGAUAUUUACCGGGGUUCGGUCCUGUGGUUCCUCGAGAGUGCAGCGACUGCGGGAAGAAGUUUAACAUGGGUGGACCUAUAUGGUCUGCCCCUAUCCAUGAUCAAGAAUGGGUAGCUUCUAUAUUGGCAAAUGUUAAAUCUAUGAAGGACAGGUAUCCUGCAUAUGAUCGGAUCUCUGCUGUGUUAACAACAAUAUCUGAGGAGUUGCUUGAUAUUCCUCUCUUUGUGAGUCUUCACAGCUUAUGUGGGACACUGAAAUGUACAUCCCCUUCAGCAGUUAUGUUUCGCUCUGCUGUAAUUAAUGCAGGAUAUCGUAUCUCUGGAACUCAUGUCAAUCCAUUGGGCUUGAAAUCAGAUGCUCCCAUGGAUGUCAUUUGGGAUAUUAUGCGUUGUUGGGUCAAGAAUCAUCCAGUAAAAGCACAAUCCCCAGACCAAUCUGGAACUGUAAUCCUCGCCAAGGAACCGACUUUGCAAGCCAAUUUUGCUCGAGCAGUUGCCUCCCUUAGCAAAGCCCAAGCCAAGAAGAUAGCACGAUUCCUUCCAAAUCCAGAAAAGCACUGGGGACCAAAGGUCAGAGCAGGCCGUCAGAUCACCAGCAAGCAUGCAUCUCUGUUGGGUCCACAUGUAAUUAAUGGAAUUAAUAACCAUGAAGAAGGAGAUGAGCCAGAAGCUAAGCGUCAGAAAACAGAUAACCACAAUUCCCCUUCAUGUCAAGAAGUUUGAUCACGCUUUAUUUAUUACAUGUACCACAAAAUCCAUGGAAUGCUGUUGUUUGAGAGACCAGAACCACCUCGUAUUCUCAAAGUGUGGAGAGAGAUACCCAAUGAAAGAAUACAUUGUCGAAGAAUCCGAAGGGUUCUGUGAAAUUUUGAUUAAAGUUAUUGAGACAGAAUUGUAUGUUAACGUUCUCCAUUUCCUAAUGUGAAAAAUACAUCUUUUACAAAUCCA